AUGGAAUCCACAUUGACUUAUUACUGUGGUGGAUGUAAAACCUUCAAACCUAUAUCAGAAUUCGAGAGUAAUCGUGACAAUAUUUCACAAUUUCAAACUUGUAGUAAUUGUCGCCAAAAACGAGCUGGUAAACGAAAAAAAUGUGCGGAAAUAAAUAAAAGCCACAAAGACCAGCCAGAAAUUAUUGAUAUAGAUUAUUUGGAUCAUAUUCUUACAGAGCUAUUAGAAGAUGCGCAAGAAAAUGGUCUAGAAUUUUGUUUCUGUUAUGAAAUAAUUAUCGAUAAUCAUAGCUCAACUAAGGAGAUUGCAAAUGAUGUUGUUGAAUUAAUUGAAGAUAUUGAUAAGUAUAAUUGG